GAGUAGUUUUAGAUGCGACAAAUAAUGGCCUUGGUUCUGCAUGUAUGGAGGAACCUCAAUGGAGGAAAUUUGGAGAAAGUACACGUCUGUGGUUGCCUUGAUUUAAGCUAAUUUAACGCGCAGAGUAAAAAUAUACUGUUAUUUUAAAAUUGAAGACACAAGUAAAGGUAUAAUCGCAUACCAUGCUCGCUUAUUUUUUCAGUUCAUGCAUCCUUUGUUAACGUCACUUUCGCCAUCUAUCCUGGCAGCCCAAAUAACAUGCAGAUAAACGGAAAACGCCUAUUUUCGACAGCAUAUCAAUGCAGCAUCAGUCCAGCGGAGACGCACGUGUAGCAGCGGAGUUUCUGUCUCCUCCAAUCACAGAGCGGUCUCACUCAGCUUUGUCCAAUGGGGAUAGCGCGCGUGCAGGUGGCUGCGCUGUUAUCAGCGGCUCCCGUUUCACUCCCAGCAUAUGGUGAGUCAAUUUAUGGGAAGACAAGCUGACCCCUUAAUGGUUCCCAUCAAAACCACUAAAACCAUCAUCAGACCGCUCGAUUUCCGCGGGGAUUCUUGUGGCGGGCGCGUGCAGCCCUCUCCCAGCUGACAGACUCCAACCAAAUCAAAUACACGGAAAGACAUUUUGGGAGUCUGAGCAAGCUCUUCACUUCCGAAGAGAGAACAAGUUCGGGUUUGCUCAAGUUUUCCCAACAGUUUGACUCUUCUUCCUCGUCCAGGAUACUUUUGGAGAAAGCGGCAGAAGUGGCCUGGCUCCGACUCACCUCCAGACCGCUCUGUGCCUCUAUUUACCCCUGUUUAUUUUUAUUACCAGUUUUUAUCCAAGCGAGUUUGGUGGUUCAUGUUCACAAAUGUUAGCGGUCGGGCAGAUGGAGGCUAACCGGCAGAGUGCUUUCGUCCUGGGCAGCACCCCGUUGGCGGCGUUGCACAAUAUGACCGAAAUGAAGACAUCGCUGUUCCCGUACGCGCUACAGCAGAGCCCGACGGGCUUCAAGGCGCCUCCACUCUCCAACCUCAACUCCCAGAUCUCCGGGGGGACGCCGCAUGGAAUAAGCGACAUCCUGGGAAGACCCAUCACCACAGCCGGACAGCUGCUGUCUGGGUUCCCCCGGAUAAACGGCCUGGCCACCACCGCAGCCGCUGCUGCAGCGGGGAUGUACUUCAGCCCGGCGGUGUCGCGGUACCCGAAGCCCCUAGCCGAGCUGCCAGGCAGGGCGCCCAUCUUCUGGCCCGGGGUAAUGCAGGGUUCACCCUGGAGGGACCCGCGAGUUUCCUGCCCCACUCAGGCUAACAUAAUGGUGGACAAGGACGGCAAGAAGAAACACUCCAGACCGACCUUUUCAGGACAACAAAUUUUUGCACUGGAAAAAACCUUCGAGCAGACGAAAUACCUGGCGGGCCCAGAGAGAGCCCGCCUGGCCUACUCUUUAGGAAUGACCGAGAGCCAAGUCAAGGUUUGGUUUCAGAACAGAAGAACUAAAUGGCGGAAGAGACACGCAGCAGAAAUGGCCUCGGCCAAGAAGAAGCACGACUCUGAGACGGAGAAACUGAAGGAGAACUCUGAUAACGAGGACGACGACGAGUACAACAAACCACUGGACCCAAAUUCAGACGACGAGAAAAUCACGAGACUGUUGAAAAAGCACAAGUCCACCAACCUGGCGCUGAUCAGCCCCUGCAGUAACAGCUCGGACACCUUGUGAUGGCCACAAACUGCGAGGGUGUGUGUGUGUGUGAGGGGGGCUCAAAGGGUCCAACAGACAUUUGUCGCACUCUUUGCCCCCUUUUCACCCGACUUUACGAACGUGCGCCUGAAGGGGAUCGCAUCUUGUUCAGAAAGAGCAAGAAAAUGUGUAAAAACCAAGUGUUCGUCAAGAAGUACUGAAGACGCGUUCACUACAGCGGGGCCAGAUACACAUUUGACGGUCACAGACACUGUAUACACGGAUAUAUAACUCGUUUCAGAACCGGACUGCCAGCAGACCUUUGAUGACAAGUUCCUGUUAGACACAAAUAUCAAACAGGAAACUGGCGACACUAAGUUUUUUUCCAACUGGAGUUAUACAACGUAUAAAUGUAAACAAAAUAAAAUAAACAAUCCGGAUCAGUGUUGGACUUAGAGGCACGACUCGUUAAUUUUGUUUCACAAAUGUUUCUUUACUUUGCUCAUGUAUGAUCCACGACACUUAUUACAUUACUCUCCUAAUCACCUCUAAAUUAGCGGCCCUGUAAACGUGAAGUCAGGAAGGCCGCUGCUUUGGCUCUGAAUGCGACUGUUGAGGAAUAAUUGCUGUACCUCAGUAGACCUGAUUUAUUCAGCCAACACCGAUCCGGAUCCCAGACGCAUGUUUAAAAUGGCAGGUGUAAACGGGGCCUACGAUGCUUCUAAAGCUUAGUUUAACCAGGGUAUCCACUGUCCUAAAAGGCGAGAGAAGAAACUCUUUGAGGGGGCGCGGCAUUGAGAUGAAUGAACGUAUGUACGAUGAAUGAAUGUAUGUGAGAUUGUAUAUAUUUUUUACUGAAUAAGUUAUGUUGUUUCAACCAGUGGAAACGUGGCAGUGUUUAUGCCCCGCAGCCGUGACGCGCAUAUCACCUCUAAGAUAUAACCGCUGCUUUGGUUUUAUUUCUGCACAUUAAUGUCGCCUCUUUCUUCCACGUUUUACACUUCUGUUCUCUACAGACAUACAAAUGUAUAGACGCAAAUGCUGUAAAUAGUCAUUGUAAAGAAAACCCGCUUGUUUUAAAUAACGACAUCAGUACAGACUUUUCUUUUGAUUUCAUUGAGUUUAUAUUUGACCUCAUCGCACAACGCAAGAGAAAGCUGGAUCAUCGUUAAUGUUGGAAUUAAAGAGAUUAUUAUUGCUUCUGGGGCGGUUAUGGGAAGAAAAAACUUUGUAUUAUGAAUAAAUUAUUUAACAAGCAUUUUGUUUUAUUAUGGCUUUUGUUUAAUGUAUGGGCUUAUCAUAAAUGAAAGAUAAAUUUAUGACAGUAAACAAUGGAAUUCUAUCACGGUGAUGAUGCUUUUAGAAAAUUAGUGCUGAUGGAACCUGAGGAAGAACAACGAAUUCUCUGCAU